GUGUAUUGAGUGAACCAUUGGUCUGCAACUCGUUAUCCGGUUUCCGCUUUUCAAACACUGUUUUCUCGCUUUCGUUAAAGCAUUCAAUCGUUUCCUCACAACUCGUCUCCCAUUCAUUCACAAACAGGUAUUGCAUUCACUUCUUCGGCAUCUCUUGAGUUUAUUUAGUCAAACGUUUAGUCCUUUGUCUCGAAACCGAUACUUAAUUGUCAAGAAAUGGCAGACAAUUCAAAGGGACAAAUCGUUGAAAACACGACUGCCAUCGAUGUCGAGGCCGGAGAUCUCGACGAAAAGAAAUGUAAUGGGCGCUCUGACCGCACAAGUGAUGAACAAUCCGGAAGUGUUGGCUGCGAUGCAGUCGAAGUUGGCCGGAAUGGUUGGCCUGCCGUCGGGUUAUUACGACACUUUGCCAGUGAUUGUGAAGCGAAGAGUAAAGGCGCUGAAGAACUUAGAGUUGAAUAAAAUCAAAAUUCAGACCCAAUUCUACAAAGAGUUACACGACUUGGAGACCAAAUACGAAGUGAAAUACAAACCAAUCUUCGAUAAGAGGAAUGAUAUCGUGAACGGAGUCUACGAACCGAACGAAGAGGAAUGCAAUUAUCCCUCGGAUUCGGAGGACGAAGAAGAAGAAGAGGGAGAGAAGAAGGCGGAGAAACCCGUGGAGAAAGAGGAGGAUAAGGAUAUCAAAGGGAUCCCUGAGUUCUGGUUAACAAUAUUGAAAAAUGUGGACAUUUUUGCUGAGAAUAUUCAGGAACACGACGAACCCAUUCUUCAGCACUUGAUUGACAUUCGCGUUACGCUUAUUAGGGAACCGGAGUCGAAGUUGGCCGGAAUGGUUGGCCUGCCGUCGGGUUAUUACGACACUUUGCCAGUGAUUGUGAAGCGAAGAGUAAAGGCGCUGAAGAACUUAGAGUUGAAUAAAAUCAAAAUUCAGACCCAAUUCUACAAAGAGUUACACGACUUGGAGACCAAAUACGAACGAAGAGUAAAGGCGCUGAAGAACUUAGAGUUGAAUAAAAUCAAAAUUCAGACCCAAUUCUACAAAGAGUUACACGACUUGGAGACCAAAUACGAAGUGAAAUACAAACCAAUCUUCGAUAAGAGGAAUGAUAUCGUGAACGGAGUCUACGAACCGAACGAAGAGGAAUGCAAUUAUCCCUCGGAUUCGGAGGACGAAGAAGAAGAAGAGGGAGAGAAGAAGGCGGAGAAACCCGUGGAGAAAGAGGAGGAUAAGGAUAUCAAAGGGAUCCCUGAGUUCUGGUUAACAAUAUUGAAAAAUGUGGACAUUUUUGCUGAGAAUAUUCAGGAACACGACGAACCCAUUCUUCAGCACUUGAUUGACAUUCGCGUUACGCUUAUUAGGGAACCGGAGGGCUUUAAACUCGAGUUUGUCUUCAGUCCCAAUGAAUUCUUCAGUAAUGAAAUUCUAACCAAAGAAUAUGACCUGAGAUGUGGUCCCGACGAUGAGGACCCCUUCUCUUAUGACGGCAUCUCUAUUGUCAAGUGUAAAGGUUGUAAAAUAGAGUGGAAGAAAGGCAAGAAUGUGACCGAAAAGACUGUAACUAAGAAACAAAGACAUAAAUCGAAAGGACAGGUGAGGACUGUCACCAAAACUGUGAAGAAUGACUCGUUUUUCAAUUUCUUCGAUCCGCCCGAAGUGCCGGAAAAGUUGGACGAUUUGGAUGACGACACCCAUGACUUACUUCAGGCCGAUUGGGAAAUGGGAGAACUAAUAAAA